AUGAAUAAUUUGGGCUCCAAGAUCACUUUUUAUGAGGACAAAAACUUCCAGGGCCGCUCCUAUGAGUGCGACGCAGACUGUGCUGACAUGCACCCCCAUUUCAGCCGCUGCAACUCCAUCCGCGUGGAGAGCGGCUGCUGGGUGCUGUACGAGAGACCCAACUACACCGGCUACCAGUAUGUCCUGACCAGAGGCGAGUACCCCGACUACCAGCGCUGGAUGGGCUACAAUGAUUCCAUUCGCUCCUGCCGUACCUUCUCUUAUACCAGCGAAGGUCCUUAUCGUAUGAUCAUCUACGAGCGGCCCAACUUCCAAGGUGAAAAGAUGGAGUUCAGCGAUGACUGCGAGUCAGUCCAGGACCGGUUCCACAACAGCGACAUCUAUUCCUGCAAUGUCAUUGAGGGAUACUGGACCCUCUACGAGCAUCCAAACUACCGUGGUCGCCAGUAUUUCAUGAGGCCCGGAGAGUACCGCAAGUACAGCGACUGGGGUGCCAGCUGUGCCGCCACUGGAUCCUUCCGGAGAAUUACAGAGUUUUAA